AUGGAUGUUGAUGAUCUCUACGAUUCUGCUGACGACGACAUAGACGAUUAUUACGAUGACUAUGACGAUGACAUGAAUCCAGACGUUGAAGAGUUGAAGAAGAGCGAGUCUGAAGAUGCAGAAUUUGAAUGCCUAAACGUUUUUCAGGUAGAACGGGUACUUAAUGAGAGCGUUGCUGCGUUAGCCGAAAAGGAAGCAAUUUCACCUACACUGGCACGUAUGCUACUUCAUGCGAAUGAGUGGGAUGUAAACAAGCCAGUGGAAUCCUUCCCUCCAGGCGGUGCAUCAGUCUCACGACAAAGCUCGGCCCUCUCUUACUGUGCUGUAUGUGCUGAAGAUGGUCUGCUGGAAAUGCGUGCUUUAGCAUGCGGCCACUCAUUCUGCGCGAUGUGUUGGCGUUUACACAUCGAAGCCAAGCAAGUUUUCCGUUUUGGAAUUAUCUUUUAUGGAAUGACUGGCGAUUGUUGCAGGAUUUCUGAAGGUGUGGCGUCGCGAUUGGAAUGUAUGGAACCGAGCUGCAGCCUUCUUAUGUCCCAGUGA